AUCUGUUACUUAUUCAAAGUCGUUGCGAACUAGUUCAAGUUAGUUAUAUUCAAUUCCUUAAAUGAUUAAAUGUAACGGAUUAGUAUGUUGGGGCAGAAAAUUAUUAAUUAACUUGGCUGCUUUCUCUAAAAUAUUAUCGACUUAUUCACUAACUGCAUUUAAGUGAACGUUCAUUGCAGUUGGCAUCGAAACCCUAUUGAAUUUCUGCAUUGUUUAUAGUGUUUAUCGAUUGACUAUUCGGAAUGAAAAAACACGACGGUGACAAUACAGCUAUGGAGAAAAACGAUAAAGAAGCAAGGAAGAAAAGGAUUCAAGAAAUUCGAAAUGCCAGAAGAAAUCGACAGCAAAUUCCGAAGCCAGAGAAGAAGAAAAAGGAAAAAGUAGAACCAGCUUUAGUAUUAAAAGUAGUUGCUCUUAGAUUCGUUAUCAUCCUACCAAAGUUAUUGAUUCUCAUUGGAACAAUUUUAUUCCUUGUUGGUGUUAUGCUGUUGGGACUGUCACAAAGAGAAAGUACCGAUUACAACAAAGGAGUCUACUUAGGCCCUAUUUUAAUGACUUUAGGUGUUGUAGUUUUAAUUAGUGGAAUACUUGGAAUAUUUAUAAGAUUAAGACUAAAAAAAAAGGGUAUCGAAAAAGCCAAAAUUGCUAGGAAAUAUAUGAUAGAGAAGGAGUUGAAAAAGCAAGUAUCAACAGUAUCUGAACAAGUAGAAAAUGGACAAAUGAAAGCUCAUUAUUCAGCGGCUGAAAUGUCUCAUUCGAAUGGACAUAAAAGAAGCAUGUAUGACGAGGACACGUCACCGACUCCUGUUGUUACUAUCACCAAAGUUGAAGUUGAAAUUUGUAAGCCUAGCACAAGUUAUGAUUUAGAAAAUGAAGAGAGCUCUAGCUAAAGAAAUUCCCAGGCAAUUUCAUAUUUAUAGUUGUUUGAAAAAAUUAUCUAUUGAAUUCGGUACUGCAGGAUAUUAUUCAGAAAAAGACUGUAAACAGACAAUAAUUACACAUGUACAUUUAACGAGAAACGUUCUUUUAACUCUCUCAUUUAAGAAAAAUGGUAUUAUAUUGUUCUUAAGCAACAAGCGGAAGAGGAAUGAUACUAUUUUUUAUAGCUUAGCAUGAAAAGGGUUAUAAGAAUAUUUUUAAUGUUCGAGAAAAUAUGGUUUAUCAUAUUUACCUUUCAAGUUUGUAGAAACUCUAUUAAGAUGCUUCUUUUCACUUUAUCAUCAUUAGUUUCAAAGUUAAGUUAUAUUUAAUCCUAAUUAUUAUUUUAAGUGAGUUAAUAAAAUAAAAAAAAUGCCCGCAAGCCGUCUAAGGGUAGGAACGAAAAAAGUGUAAAAAUUCAUCAAGAAAGACAAGGUGACGGAUGAGCGUACGAAUCAACAGAAAAGUAGAUCAAUAGUUAGAUUAAAUAUAACGUAUAGAUAGAUAUAUAGAUAACAGCAAAAAAUAAAACAUAGAAAUAUCAUAAAGGAAAAGGACAACGAAAUGUAAACGUUUAACUUUAAUAUUCAUUCUCUAUUGGCUUCACCUUGCAUAGCUCUUUUCUUGAGACGCUUUUUCAAAUAUUAUAUAUAGUUAACUAUUUGAACUAGUUAGAUAUGAAAUUCAAUAAUUUCGGUGCCUUAUACUUGACUGCGUUUGUUUAAAAUGACGAAAGAUAAGAAAUGUUGAAUUUUUAUUCAAUUUUAUGCUCAAGGAACAAAUAACUAUAUCAUAUAUGAUGUUAAUAUAUUUUUAAUAUAACUUCAAAUAUGUAUAUAUAUUUAUAG